AGGUGGAUUUCACUUACGCAUUCCGUUUGGAACAAUAAAUAGAGCGAACAAGGCUCCUUCCAGUUCACAAGUCUGAGAAGACGCAUGAAGAAGUUCUUGCUUCAACAGUGAUUGAACGGAACUCCUCUGCCUUCGUCCCGCAUUAUAGAACAUUACGGAUUGAUGACAUAGCACUUACUUGAACUAUAAUAGCAAUAUAGUUUAAGAAACUCUAUUUUUGUACUUUUCAUUUUGAUAUAAAAUAAAAAUCUGCCAAGAUGGAGUCUCAGAUCCGCCAGAACUAUCACCACGAUUGCGAAGCUGCCAUCAACCGGAUGAUCAACUUGGAGAUGUUUGCCUCCUACACCUACACCUCAAUGGCUUUCUAUUUCUCCCGUGACGAUGUGGCUCUGCCUGGCUUCGCGCAUUUCUUCAAGGAGAACAGCGACGAGGAGCGGGAGCACGCCGACAAGCUACUCUCCUUCCAGAACAAGAGAGGCGGACGCAUUUUACUCCAGGACAUCAAGAAGCCAGAACGUGAUGAGUGGGGCAAUGGGCUGGAGGCCAUGCAGUGUGCUCUGCAGCUGGAGAAGAAUGUGAACCAGGCCCUGCUGGACCUGCACAAGAUUGCCUCUGACAAGGUUGACCCCCAUCUGUGUGACUUCCUGGAGACUCAUUACCUGAAUGAGCAGGUGGAGGCCAUUAAGAAGCUGGGUGACCACAUCACCAACCUCACCAAGAUGGAUGCUGUCAAAAACAAGAUGGCAGAGUACCUGUUUGACAAGCACACCCUGGGAGGCCAGAGCUAAACUACUUCCAUCCCCAGGCUACGGCCUCCAGCCUCAGACCAGGACUCCUUGGUUCUCUGAUAAAUCCUCCUGGCUUUGCUUUUAUAGGGAGGGGAGAGUGUUAAACUGGUGAAUUGCAACACUGCUGUGACAUUGUUUCUGUUCACAACACUACUGUAUUGGAGGCAAGGCUUUUUGUAAAACAAUAAAAAAAUAUCACUGAA